CCGCUCUUCCGUUUCCCUGCAGCCUAUUUCUGUCGUCCAUUGAAAGGAAAUCGCUGGGCCAUCCCCCCGACGCGCGCCUGUGCCGUGGAGCUCCCCCUUGCUGCGUGCAUCGUGAUCUAGUGUCUUGCAGAGAGAGAACGCAGGGUCACCUUCUGUCACUGCAAGGGGAAAUACUGAAUAUAUUGCAGCAUAGGCUAUUAGGUAGUAGUGCACCUCGGCAGCUGCAGCAUCUCUGGUGAUCUCCUGCAGGGGACCAACAGCUCUCUCUAAGGUUUAUGGAAACCUGACCUCCCAUCGGUGGAGAAGUGCAUGAGGAACCCAGCUCUGCUGCAGAGGACAGGUUUAGUCAUUAGAGUGCUUUGCCACAUCCAGGAAAAUGUCUGGCUCCUACGAUGAAUGUGCAGGUGCUGACGACACCAUGGACAGCUUCUGGGAGGUGGGGAACUACAAACGUGCUGUCAAGAGAUUUGAUGACGGCCAUCGGCUCUGCAAUGACCUCAUGGGCUGCCUGCAGGAGCGUGCCAAGAUAGAGAAAUCCUACGGGGAUCAGCUAACUGCAUGGUCCAAGAGAUGGAGACAGCUCAUUGAAAAAGGCCCGCAGUAUGGCUCUGUGGAGAGAGCCUGGCUGGCUGUGAUGACCGAGGCAGAGAAGGUGAGCGAGCUGCACCAAGAUGUGAAGAACAACCUGGUGAACGAGGACGUGGAGAAAGUGAAGAACUGGCAGAAGGAGGCCUAUCACAAGCAGAUGAUCGGAGGCUUCAAAGAGGCCAAAGAGGCCGAGGAAGGCUUCAAGAAGGCUCAGAAGCCCUGGGCCAAAAAGCUCAAGGAGAUGGAGGCAGCUAAGAAAAUAUACCACAUGGCCUGCAAGGAGGAGAAGCUGGCUGCAGCCCGAGAGGCCAACGGCAAGACGGAGGCUUCUGUCACAGCGGACCAGCAGAAGAAACUCCACGAGAAAGUAGACAAAUGCAAACAGGAUGUGCAGAAGGCUAAAGAAAAGUAUGAGAAGUCUCUGGAGGAGCUGAAUAAAUGCACCCCGCAGUACAUGGAGUGCAUGGAGCAGGUGUUUGACCAGUGCCAGCAGCAUGAAAUCAAGAGGCUGACCUUCCUCAAGGAGGCCCUGCUGGAUAUCAAACGCCAUCUUAACCUCACCGAGAACGCAAGCUAUGCCGCAACAUACAGAGAACUGGAGCGCACGAUCCUGGGUGCAAACACACAAGAGGACCUGAAGUGGUUCAGCAACAACCAUGGCCCCGGCAUGCAUAUGAACUGGCCUGCAUUUGAGGAAUACAACCCAGACCAGGCCAGUGCUCCUCCAAAGAAGAAGAAACCAGACGGAGCCCCACCCACUCCGAGCACCGACCAUGUGGCGCCCCCUGGUGACCGGAGCAGUGUGAGCAGCUAUGAAAAAAACCAAGCUUACUCGACUGAGUGGUCCGAUGAUGAGCAGCCUGCUUCUUACUCUGGCAACGAAAACGGCGGAAACGGGAAUUCUUUCGAAGAUGAUUCCAGCACUGGGAAAGGGGUCCGCGUCCGCGCUCUGUAUGAUUAUGAAGGCCAGGAACAGGAUGAGCUCACCUUCAAAGCAGGUGAUGAACUGACCAAGACUGAGGAUGAAGAUGAGCAAGGCUGGUGUAGAGGUCGCUUGGACACCGGCCGAGAGGGACUGUACCCGGCCAAUUAUGUCGAGCCAAUCUAGACGCGUUACUGGACAAGGACACGGCAUUGGAAGCAGCUUGAACUGUCCCAUCCAAUUGCACCCCGCACAUAACCAGAGACUUAAGAGCAACACAUCCCUUGCCCAACAGAUGCGCCGAGCAGUCUUGCCUAAAUAAAAACUUAGUAACCUAAAAGACAAUAUAUCAGUAUAAUAUAUUUUAUCCAGCAUUUGGGGUGGGUGGACUUUCACAUUUAAAAACAGGAGCAGCAGUUAUUCCAGUAUAUACACACUCAACUAUUCCAUCAAGUCAGUGCAGGAACACAUUGCUUCUCUGUGUAGCUGUAUUUAACAUAUAAUGCAGCUUAUUUAAACUUGCAGUACGCUGCAGUCGUUUCUCUUGUGAAAAUGGGAAGAUAAUAUAAUCAGUUAUACCCAUCCGACAAAGACGAGCUUCUCUAACCUGCAUUGUGUAUAUACAGUGUGAUGCCAUUUCUGUGUAGCAUUUUUAAUGCUGUGUGUGGUCAGUUGUCAUUCUUACAUCUGGAAUGCUGUGUAGUGUUAAAAGUACCACAAACAGUAUCCUCUAUUUUUCUUUCGCGGUUUUUUUUUGUUUUUCUUUGUGAUUUGGUCCAACCUCUUUUCCAGUGUGUGCAGUGCUAUGUGUUUUAACUGUUUCUGAACUUGCAUAGCAGCAUGUGCUAUGCAAAAACUUGCAUUCCCUGAAUCCUGCAGCCUUCUUACGGCUUCAACUUGAUGCAACACCUCUACUGCAAAUGCAGAGGUCCCUUUUCAGCAUCACAAUCUUCUGGACAUGCUUCUGUUUUCAUGAAAAGAAAGUUGUUGAUGAACUGAUUUUAUGUUUUGUUUGUUUAGUUCUUUUCUUAGCAUCACAACCCCAUUGACAAUAUCAUCUUCAUGCAAUCCAAGGAAAGGAAACAGUUUCUGCAGAAGCUUUCAUUCUUGGUUCAGUGAUUCAGGUCUCAUUUUAAUUCACCACUGCUUACAAGAAACACGAGUGAUACAUUCCCUCUGAGCGAACCCGGAUCAAGUCAUCUUCUUGAGGUUUUAGGAGACGGGUUCUGAACAAUGCCUGUGUCGGGCACAUUUUACCAGAGCAAGAGACCCAACGGAGGCAUGUCGAUGUGUUAUUGUGCUACUGACGGUUGUCUGAAGAUCGAAGCCUCUUCAACAGGACAUGAAUGUAUGUUUGGGCUUGAAAGAGGGCAUGUUUUCUAAACAUGGUUCUCCACCGUCGUUUAAAGCCCUUCCUAGCAAAAAGCACUAGUUAUGUGGCCCGUUUCCCUGCUGAGCCAAAGAAUGCCCCAAUACCAUCAACUUUCUGUUUUCUCUCCAUGCAAUAACUUUACAUAUCACAACAGCUUCAGUGAGAAUCAACUUGUAGCUGCCUCCCAGUCCACCAAAACUUCAUUUGUCCGCAAAACACCGCACAAUGACACAGGGAAUACAUUUGUCACCAGUACUGCACUGCCUGGAAGAUGACUCUUGCACAGUGCACUACAUGGUUAUUUUUAAAUCUUGCUACAUACAAAUGAAAUGAAUAGCAGGAAUUGCAUCUGAUGUUAAUAAGUGAUGUGUCAUGCUAAGGGUUGCACCUAAAUCUCUGAUUAGAUGGGAGAAAUGCUUUUUAUAAGUUAGUCGUCCUGAAGUUUUAAAAUUUCACUGGACCAACAGCAGUCAGAUGUGUUUAGCUCUGUGUCUGGAACAGGAUUUGACAGGUUUGGGUCUCACACAUGAGGAGAAACACAUCACCAGCUCACAAGUUGUGUCUUAGAGUAAAGCUGUCCAGCAUAGCAAAAAGGACUCCUAUCAUUAAACUGUCCCACUUCCUUGAUGUGUGUAUGCACACGUCACACACACACACACACACACACACACACACACACACACACACACACACACACACACACACACAUACAACAUACAUACAUACAUAUUGCAUACGAGAUAUACACAAACACGCAAAUUCAAACACACGCUCCACAUUACCAGGUAAAUAUUUUGGGGGAAAACUUCUUCAUCCAGUGCGUAUGAGUUGUGUAUGUAUGUAAUGUAAGGAAAAAAAAAAAAAGUUAUAAAAAAAAUUGCAAGUGAUUGACUAUUAAGACAAAAUGUAGUGUUAUACAUGUAAAUGUGAUUCAUUAAAAUAACAGCAAUGGAAAACAUGUUAAAUAAUAGAUACCAUAUCGUAUGAAUUUCAUUGCAAUGGAAUUGUCGGUGUAUCAUAAAAGCGUGACGUUAUCCCACGCUGUCAGAUUUGUAUAUGACGAUGUAAUUUAAAGAUUAUAUUCUAUUGUAACUGUACAACUGUGUUGAGUUGGAAAAUGAGACCUAACCAUGUUGAGGCAGUAAAAAGGUGUACAUGUAAAUGCUUUUUUAUGUUGAUGAUCUCUUCCUUAUGCACACAGGGGACAGCAGCUCAUGUUGUGGAAACCCUAUAUUAGCGGUCUAGAAGAUGUAUGUUCAUAGUUAGUGAUGUACUUUUAUCUCCUAACUGGUGUAGUGCCUGUUCAUCUUGAUGUAACAAGAAGUUCAUUUAAAUAUGCAUAAAGAUGAUUAUGAUCACAGAUAAUAAUGAAAAUA